AUGCCCAGCAGCACUGGAAAGAGGUUUAAACCUACUAAAUACAUCCCUGUCUCCACAGCAGCUGCCUUAUUAGUGGGUUCGACUACUUUAUUUUUUGUUUUCACGUGCCCCUGGUUAACAAGAGUCAUCUCCCCAGCCAUCCCUGUGUACAAUGGGCUCGUGUUCUUGUUCGUACUUGCAAACUUCAGCAUGGCGACUUUCAUGGACCCUGGAGUUUUCCCACGAGCAGAUGAAGAUGAGGAUAAAGAUGAUGACUUCCGAGCUCCACUCUACAAGAAUGUGGAGAUUAAAGGAAUCCAAGUACGGAUGAAAUGGUGUGCCACCUGCCAUUUCUAUCGCCCGCCCCGCUGCUCCCAUUGCAGCGUCUGUGACAACUGUGUUGAGGACUUUGACCAUCACUGCCCAUGGGUCAACAAUUGCAUAGGACGGAGGAACUACCGAUAUUUUUUCCUCUUCUUGCUGUCCUUAAGCACACACAUGGUUGGAGUGUUCAGCUUUGGGCUGAUCUAUAUUUUAAACCAUAUGGAAAAGCUGGGGACAGCUCACACCACCAUUACCAUGGCUGUCAUGUGUGUGACUGGAUUGUUCUUUAUCCCAGUCAUUGGUCUCACAGGUUUCCAUAUUGUUCUAGUGGCACGAGGGCGUACAACCAAUGAGCAGGUGACGGGUAAGUUCCGUGGGGGGGUGAAUCCUUUCACUCGAGGAUGCUGUGGUAACGUGGAACACGUGCUCUGCAGCCCUCUGGCUCCCAGGUACAUUGUUGAGCCAAAGAAAAAGCAGGCUGUGAGUGUGAAGCCUCCUUUCUUCAGACCAGAUCUAUCCGAGCGACAGAUCACAGUGAAGAUAAGUGACAAUGGGAUCCAAGCCAAUCUUAACCGAAGCAAGUCUAAAGUUAGCCUGGAAGGUCUGGAGGAUAAAACCAUGGACAUUCAGCCACCUCUGCCUCCCAAAGGAGAUCUAAGCAAGUACUCUGAACUAAAGGGGCAGCUGGGAACCAGUGAAGAGAGUGGUCUUUCACCUAAAUUGAUCAGUCCCCCCACUCCUGCCAUGUAUAAGUAUCGACCAGCUUUCAGCAACAAUCCCAAAGUCCACUACCACGCUGCGGCUGAGCAGGUGAGCAUUAUUCCAGGUCCAGAUCAAGGAGUUUUGAUUGAAGAGAACAACCGGAGUCUUGAUUAUCAAUCAGAGCCCAACCUGGACAUCCCGAACUACAGGAAGAGCUCACUGCACAAGACUUAUCAGUCCUCCCCACUCCAGAUAGACUCCUUCGCCGUCAAUUCGCGAUCCCUGAGCUUGAAGUCUGCCAGCAGGAGAGGGACAGACAAAGUGCCGCUGCAUCCAAUAAAAUCAGAAGGAGCUGCUUCCACCCCCUACAAAAGCAUCUUUUCCCCCAACUCCCUAUCAAACAGAAAUGGAAGUCUGUCUUAUGACAGUUUGCUAAACUCCAUGUCCCCCUCCGGGAGGAAAUGCAUAGCCCAUUCUGCUGUUGGCUCCGUGGGGUACCAUUCGCCAUAUUUGUCAGCCAAAAUGUGCCACCUACGGGGGAGCGAGCUGCAGCGCCAGGCUCCACAGAGUUUCAGCCCAGUGCUGGGGGGCCCAGCACCGCACCAGCGGGACCCCUCUCCCGUCCGUUACGACAACCUUUCAAAAACCAUCAUGGCAUCCAUCCAGGAGAGGAAAGAAAUGGAAGAGAGGGAGAAGCUCCUCCUCUCACACCCGGAUUCGGUGUUUGCAGACUCGGGUGUGUAUGACACCCCUAGCUCUUACAGCCUUCAACAAGUCAGCGCGCUGUCUGAAGACCCUCGCAGCAUGGUGAUGAGAUAUGGCUCCAGAGACAAUUUGAUGACUGCGACCAGUUUUAGCACAAGGAACCCUAUACUGCAGUCCUCGGUGUCUUCCCUCUCAAGUGCAAUGGCCAGGGCACCAAGGACUUCCACAACUUCCCUUCAAGCCGAUUUAGCCAAUAACAAUGUCCAGUCCCAUCAGGCACUACAGGCCAGGGUGAGCAAUGGCUCCUACAAGUCACCAGGCCAUCAGGUCCCAUCAUCCCCUACAGGGAUGCCUAGGUCACCCUCUUACGGAGGUCCGAAGGCUGUCUCAUUUGUUAACACUGUGGAAAUAACGGAGGUGCAAUCUGUGGGAGCUCAAAGGGAGGACAUGCAGUUGAAGACACCUCACAGUAAAAUAAAUGGACAGCCAAAAGGAAUUUCCAGGGCAGAUUGUCGACUGGGUUCAACGUCAAGUUCCCAGGGGGCCCCGGUCAGUCCUGCUAGACACUCAAAUGUUAAGAAGGUGUCUGGCGUUGGUGGAACAACCUAUGAAAUUUCAGUGUAA